AUAUAAAGAAGAAAAAUAUCCUAAACAAUCAACUCUAUCAUACAGUUGAACUACUACAAUGAACAACAACAACAACAACAACACCCAAAACAACACCAACAUUACCAUCGGACCAACCCCCACGCAUAUUCCAAGCAGAAACGAAGGCGGUUGGGCCUCGGAACCAAGCGUCGCUAGCUACGAAGACGAUGCCAUGGAUAUCGAUGAACAAUCAACCACGCAUACAUCACCAUCGCCGUCACCACAAGACCAACGAAACCAACAAGACGUAGCGUUGGAUACCUUGGACGCCAUCAUCGAUGUGGACAUAGAGGCGUUCACAACAAUAGCAACAGCCUAUGCAAGCACUUCUACAUUGCUAAGCUUGCGUAGACAUAUACAACAGCAGCUCACCCAGUUGGCGGGUAAUACAGCCAGAUUUAUCCAACAAGUACCAGUGCGCCCGCACCCGCAACGAAAUGAAAACCAGCAAAGACAAUUAGCUCUUGCUAUCGUUAUUAGAGACACCUUCCCUUGGGUGCCUGUGAACCUAUACUGUGAAGAGUGCCGAAACGUCUUCCUAGGACACAACUGACGAGGAUACGACGAUUCGCGUUUUUGGAGACCUAAUGGUUCUCACUUACAAAUUGUACCUUCUUAUUAUCAUUAUACACACAUUAUAUAUAUAUUAAAGAAAAUGUAGUAGAAAAGAAAAAAAAACAUAUAACAUACAAACAAAAAAAAAAAAAAAAAAAAAAAA